AUGGGAAGAAGGGAAGAGCCACUUUGGGCGCAAGGCACCGUGGGCCUUACUGCAGCCCGGGAGCGAGGCGACAUCGAUCGGAAGUUCCAGAAUCGUUUGACUGUUACGAGAAGUAUGAUAGAUAGACUAGGUCUAGAAAAAGAGCUCCAUGGACAUAUGGGAUGUGUAAAUUGUCUCGAAUGGAACAGUACAGGAUCCAUAUUGGCGUCGGCGUCGGACGAUCUUCACGUAAUAUUGUGGGAUCCUUUUCGUUAUAAACAACUUCACAACAUUUCUACAGGUCAUACAGGCAAUAUUUUCUCAGUAAAGUUCCUCUCACAAGAUACGAUAGCAACAUGUGCAGCAGACGGGUCGGUCCGCAUACGCAACAUUGUCGGUGGAGCUUCCUUACUGGAAUGCUCAUGUCACUGCGGGCGAGUGAAGCGUCUCGCAUGCGCUCCAGAUAAACCCCAUAUGUUAUGGUCUGCGGGGGAAGAUGGCUUGGUUCUUCAACACGACCUUCGAACCCCACACACGUGUAAUUCUGACUCGGCCAACGUUCUAGUGAAUCUACUGAACCAUAUGGGUCGAUACGCGGAGGCGAAAUGCCUCGCGGUGAAUCCCCGCCGGCCUUACCAGUUGGCGUUGGGGGCGAAUGAUUUCUACGUCCGUCUCUACGACACCAGGAUGAUCAAGCUGGCUAGAUUACAGCCUCAGCCUGCGACUCCACGCGAGGCGCAAGUGAACGCCCACUCGUCCCGACUGAUGUGGGAGCGCCAGAACGUGCGGUGCUCGCGCGCCGGCCACGGCGACCCCGACGACAACAUCCCGCGCGCCGCCGUGCAGUACUACGCGCCCGGUCACCUGUCAAUGGAGCCGAAUGAGCACACGUUCCCAAAGAAAGCCACCACCUAUGUAGCGUUCAGCCACGACGGGAACGAGCUACUAGUUAAUUUAGGCUCGGAACAGGUAUAUCUCUUCGAUAUAAACACUGCGCGACGACCAGUUCUUGUCGAGAAUUUCAUAAUACAACACAACCACGGUGGCCGUGAAAAUGAGAAGCAGUCUCCAAAGAAGGGCACAGAGCGCGGAGCCAACGGUACCACAAAUAUUGGUGCCAAUGGUACCACAAAUAUUGGUGCCAAUGGUACUACCAACGUUGGAGCAAACGGCACCAUCGAGCAGCAGCCGCAGUUGCCUGAACGAGUCAGAAUUUUGAAGGAGCUGGCCAACGAGCACGUGAACCAGGGCAACUACGCGUCGGCGGUGGAGCUGUACGGCGCGGCGCUGGCGGACGCGCCGCGCUGCGCCGUGCUCUACUCCAACCGCGCCGCCGCGCUCAUGCGCCGCGGAUGGUCGGGCGACACGUACGCGGCGGUGCGCGACUGCUACCGCGCCAUCGCGCUGGACGCGGCGCACGUCAAGUCGCACUUCCGCCUCGCCAAGGGCCUCAUGGACCUCAAGCGCGCGCGCGAGGCGCACGAGUGCCUGCUGUACUUCAAGGACAAGUUCCCGCGGCACGCGGAGAGUCACGCGGUGUUCCUGCUGCAGAAGGACAUCAACGUGGCCCUCGAAGCUAUGGAGACGCAGCCCGACGAGCCUUCUCUAGAAGAAGAGGGUCAAAACGGUAGUGUGUUGGAGCGACAGCUUCGCAGUUCAGCACUCGACUACAAGGAGCGGUUCCUGGGCCACUGCAACACCACCACCGAUAUCAAGGAAGCUAACUUCCUGGGACCUGAUGCCAAUUUUGUGGCUGCCGGGUCGGACGACGGCAGCAUGUUCGUGUGGUGCCGGCGCAGCGGCAACAUCGCGCGCUGCCUGCGCGGGGACGAGUCCAUCGUCAACUGCGUGCAGCUGCACCCCGCCGCCUGCCUGCUGGCCACCAGCGGCAUCGAGGCCGUCGUGCGGCUCUGGAGCCCCCGGCCUGACGCUAUUGAAGCGUGCGAGGAGGCGCGCGCGCUGCUGCCGCCCGCGACGGCGGCGGCGGCGGCGGCCAACCAGCAGCGCAUGCGCAGCGACCCCUUCGAGGCGAUGCUGCUCAACAUCAGCUUCACGGGCGCCGAGCGCGACCUGCACUCGCCCUCCUGCCGCGCCACG